CACGACCUUGACCUGCCCUUGACCCCCCCGUGUCCCCGCAUGACCCCGGCGCUGGGCUGGGGGGUGACCCUGGGGGUGGCCCUGGGCGCUGUGGGGUGGGGGCUGCUCGUGGCCUCCCUGCCCCAUAGCGUGUGGGGCAUGGCCGGGGGGCAGGCGACCGCUGUGGCCACCGUGGCCAUCACCCGCGGGCUCUGGAACGACUGCGCCACGGACGCCAGCGGGGUCACGUCCUGUGUGCCCCUCGUGUCCCUCAUCACCCUGCCCGGGUAUCUUCAGGGCUCCCGGGCCUUGGCCGUUCUCGCCACGCUCCUGGCGGUGCCGGGGGUGGUGCUGGGGGGGGUCCCCGGUGCCCGCAGGUCCGCCCGUGCAGCAGGGGGCGCUCUUCUGCUACUGGCAGGCCUGUUGUCAUUGGCCGCUGCUGCUUGGUUCGCAGUCGCCAUCAGCCACGAGUUCUUCGACCCCCAACACACCGGAGUCCGGUUCGAGCCGGGCCCGGGGGUGCUGCAGGCGGGAGGGGGCGGGGCCAUGGCCGCGGUGGGCGGGGCCCUGGUGAUGGCGUUCGCGAGGAACCCCCCCGGGAGCCGCAGCUCCCCUCCCCCCGCCACCAGCCUCGGGGACAAGUACGUGCGGAACGCCUACGUGUGACGUCACGGGGUCACUGCAGGGGCAACGACCCCCCUCCCACAG